UUGGGCUUACUUAGCAUGCAACAUAUGCCUAAAAAAACUGAAAGCAAAUGAUGAUAAUUUUUUUUGUGACAACUGUGCAACCUUUGAUGUUUCAGGAAAAAUGAGGUAUAGACUAAGAGUAUAUGUUGCUGAUAAUUCUGGAGGUGUUUCUUUAAGCUUAUGGGAUAGGGAGUGCUUAAAACUAAUUGGAAAACCUGCUGAAGAAAUAAUAUAUGAUCCUAAUAGCAAUGAGUUGCCAAUUGAGAUAGAUGCUAUCACCAACAAAAAUGCUCUAUUUAAAAUUAAAGUUGAAGAAUCAACGAUUUUUGAUGGAGCAUAUGUUGUGACAAAAAUCAACUGCGACCCAAAUAUUUUGAAUAAAUAUUGUGGGUCAAUAGUUGAAAGUGCGACCAAGGAAACUCAAUUGAAAGACAAAGAAAUUGAAAACAUUAAGGUUCAAAAUGAUGGUGGGAGUAGCAGCUUUACCAAUGUACAUGAAUCAGUGAACAUCAGUGACAAUGAGGCAACAAAGAGACAACUCGAAGAAGAAACAUCAACUGACCCAAAACUCGUGAAUAAAAGAGGGAAGAGAGUUGUGAUCAAGAAGGAGAAGCCCUAAAGUAGCAUUUAGUUUUAUGAUGUUUUAGUAAUUAGUACUUUAGGAUUUUCACUUUCAAAUUUCGUACUUUAGAAUUGUAAUUUAAAAUUUCAUUUUCAGGAUUUCAGUUUCAUACAAUUUCAGUAUUAUGUUGCUUGGUUUUUUAGUAUUUGCACUUUCCAAUAAAAUUAAUUUAGCCCAUCAAAUAAAAGCAAAAAAAUACAGAAUUAGUUAACCAUAAUAUAAUAUAGGGCAA